AUGUCUCUAGAUUCUCCACCCACAAGAUCUCCAACCCUCCCUUCAAGAUCUCCAACCCCGCCGCCAAAGACCCCUACCCCACCACCAAGGAUCGAGCACAACUCUGCCACCACUGAACUCCUUCUUCAACCCACCAUCAAGCUCCAGCACUCCCCAAGCACCAACCAAGAGGGCCUCAUCAGCAUCUUCCUUCACGGCUCAACUGGGCCCCCUUCCAAGCACUCAAAUGACCCACCACACCAGCUAUCGGCAAGCACUGACACAGGAGCCCACAUCAUCACGCUUCCGAGAGCAGGUGACUCCCCAUUCGAGCAAGCAGCCGGCACCCAACCAGGGUCCCUCAGCAUCGUGCUUCAAAGACUACUCAAACACCAAGCCACCCCUAAUUCCGAGGAGCUCAACAGCAACGGCAAGAAGUUCUUGGAGCCAAAUGACCAACUACCCAAGCACUCAGCCAGCACCUGUCUAGAGACCCUCAACUUUUUCCAACUUCACUGA